CGUGAUGCCAUCACUCUUUUAUAUAUAUAGAUUGAUGGACUAACUAAGGAAAGCAUUCCAAGCCCAGACGGCACCGAGUUGGUUAACACCUCCUCCCUCUUUCCUUGAACCCGGUGCCAAAUCCUAAAGCGCCUGGAUCUGAUUUGCUGCGGCGCUCACCCUGUCCCUCCCAGCCUUGCAGGGAAAGCAGGCCAAGGGUUGAUCCAGGGAAGGAAGGAAAGAAAGAAAGAGAGAAAGAAAGAGAGAAAGAGGCCGUCCUGGCCUCUGACGUAGGGCUGACACCGAGAGAUUGCUCCGGCUUGGCCUCUCCUCCUGAAUAUUCAUGGCUGCUGGACGCCUGGGAAGGCCACGGCAAUGGCAUGACCGCUUUGCGACUCCUCACAAUCCCACCCUGCCUUAGCCUGGCCUCUUCUCUCUUGUUUGGGUCUGUAAAAAAAGACUCGAAAAGGCCCGGCUGCCCUAGAUCUGGGGCCAUGGCAUGACAUCCGGGGAGAAGAAAGCAUUUCCCAGCCCAACAAAAGCGGGGAGCGCAGAAAGGAAAGGCGGAAAACACUUUGGGAAGAGCAGGCGAGGAGGGUCGGAGCAGCAUUGUGCGUGAGACAAAUGAUGGCAUCUUCCCAGCUGCCUCCGGGCUCUUCUUCACUAGGAGAUGGGGCAUCGCCAGGGGGGCCCCCACAGGCCUCGGCGGAAGCGGAUGAAGAUGCAGGGGAGGCCUUUGAUUUCGAGGAGAGUGAGGAGGAGGAGGAUGAAGAAGAGGACGGCACGCGCCUAGUGGUCAGCGGCGCCCGGACGGAGCUGGGCUCCCGGGGGGCCCUCCAAGACCCUCCCCCCAGGCGGAGGUCCAGCGUCAGCGAAGACCUGGAGCCCUUUGACGAGUGGGAGGCCGAAGAGGCGCUCCUCGAGGACCGGAACCCAUUGCUGACCUCCUCUGAUUCUGGCAGCCACCUUGAUCCUUUUGGUUCCCAAACGCAGCCAGAUGUUCUGGGCCUUGUGAGCAAUGGAGACGUUGGCACCCCUCAAGCUGGGACGCGGAUCUACAGCUGGAAAAAGCAGAGCUUCCGCAGAACCAAGUCAUCAGGUGGACAGGUUGUCCCCGCCGCUACCGAAGAAGAUGUGAUCUAUGACGACGUCCCUUACGAAAAUGUGGAGCCGGAGCAACGUGAUUCGGACAGAAACCUGAUUUAUGAGGAUGUCCCUCACGACAACAAGGAGCUGCAAGAGGCUGAGGAUCUAGGAUGGAGCUCCAGUGAGUUCGAAAGCUACAGCGAAGACUCUGCGGAUGAGAACAAGCUGGAGGCGGAACCGGCCAAGCCGAAGGUCUCCUUCCAGCCAAAGCCGCGUUCUCCAGACCUCCACAGGCUAAAGGAGAGAUACAGCAGGACCAAGAGAGACAUCUUGGCCUUGAGAGUCGGGGGGAGAGACAUGCAGGAACUCAAGCAACGCUACGACUGUAAGAUGACACAGCUGAUGAAAGCCGCCAAGAGCGGCACCAAGGACGGUCUGGAGAAAACCAAGAUCGCCAUGAUACGGACCUUCCUGCAUAAGAAAGAAACACCAGGCGAUUCCGAAGAGGAAGACAUGGGAUUCUUGGAGGUCCCGGUGACGGAUAUGAAGCAGCUGCUUCCAGAGUUGGGCCCAAUGCCUGAAGGAUUAAGCCCUCAACAGGUCAUUCGGCGGCACAUCCUCGGCUCCAUUGUGCAAAGCGAGAGGAGCUACGUGGAUUCCUUGAGGCGCAUCCUACAGGAUUACAGGAACCCUCUGAUGGAGAUGGAGCCCAAAGUGCUGAGCGCCCGGAAGUGCCAGGUGGUCUUCUUCCGGGUCAAGGAGAUCCUCCAGUGCCACUCCAUGUUCCAGAUCGCCCUGUCCUCCCGGGUGGCCGAGUGGGACACGACCGAGAAGAUCGGCGACCUCUUCGUGGCCUCGUUCUCCAAGUCGAUGGUGCUGGACGUGUACAGCGAGUACGUCAACAACUUCACCGGCGCCAUGUCCCUGAUCAAGAAGGCCUGCCUCACCAAGCCGGCGUUCCUGGAGUUCCUCAAGAAGCGACAGAUGGGCAGCGUGGACCGGGUCACGCUCUACGGACUGAUGGUGAAGCCCAUCCAGAGGUUCCCCCAGUUCAUCCUCCUGCUGCAGGACAUGCUCAAGAACACCCCGAAAGGCCACGCGGACCGGCUGUCCCUCCAGCUGGCCCUCACCGAGCUGGAGACCUUGGCGGAGAAACUCAACGAGCAGAAGCGACUGGCUGACCAACUGGCGGAGAUUCAGCAGCUGACCAAGAGCAUCAGCGACCGCAGCAGCCUCCACAAGUUGUUAACCUCGGGUCAGCGCCAACUGCUUCUCUGCGAGACGUUGACCGAGACGGUGUACGGAGACCGCGGUCAGCUCAUCAAGUCCAAGGAGCGGAAAGUCUUCCUGCUGAACGACAUGCUGGUCUGCGCCAACAUCAAUUUCAAGCCGAUCAAUACCAGGGGGCAGCUUGAGAUCAGCAGCCUGGUCCCUCUGGGGCCCAAGUACAUUGUGAAGUGGAACGCGGCCCUCCCGCAGGUCCAGGUGGUGGAGGUCGGACAGGAGAGCGGUGGCGGCGGUGGUGGUGGCAACAGCGGAGCCCAGGAGAAGGACCACCUGGUGGUCCAGAACGUGGCCUCCAAGCGCCACAUGCCCAGCAGCCAGGCUUCCGCACACAAUAAGGUCUACCUGGGCCCGCCUCGCCUCUUCCAGGAGCUCCAGGACCUUCAGAAGGACCUUGCGGUGGUGGAACAGAUCACUCUGCUCAUCAGCACCCUCCACGGGACCUACCAGAACCUGAACAUGACGGUGGCCCAAGACUGGUGCCUGGCCCUCCAGCGCCUGAUGCGGGUCAAGGAGGAAGAGAUCCACUCGGCCAACAAAUGCCGCCUCCGCCUCCUCCUCCCCGGAAAGCCGGACAAGUCCGGCCGCCCCAUCAGCGUCAUGGUGGUUUUCAUCACCCCGAACCCGCUCAGCAAAAUCUCCUGGGUGAAUCGCUUGCACUUGGCCAAAAUCGCCCUCCGAGAAGAGAACCAGCCCGGCUGGCUGUGUCCCGAGGAAGACAAGAAGAGCAAGGCUCCCUUCCGCUGCCCCAUCCUGGUCUGCCGCCUCUCGGCCUUCUCCUCCAGAGCCCUGGACUUGCAGUUGGGUGCCGCUGUCCACAGUCCGGUCCAUUCUUCCUUGCUGGGCUUCUCUGCCGUCAGCACGUCUCUCCCGCAAGGCUACCUUUGGGUUGGCGGUGGCCAAGACGGGGCCGGUGGCCAAGUGGAGAUCUUCUCCUUGAACCGUUGUGUGCCUCGGACGGUCAAGUCCUUCCCCGUGGCCUCCCGGGUCCUGUGUGCGGAGUACAUUCCGGAGCGGAGCGAAGCGGAGAAGGACGAAGAGGAGGACGGCUCCCCAACAGCCACCGACCAAGCCUUGCCGGCACAGCCCGCCAUAUGCCUUGGUCUGCAGGAUGGCAGCAUCCUGGUCUACGGCAGCGUGGACACCGGGAUGCAGUGCCUGCUGACGGUCAAAAGCCCCGGCCUCCAACCCGUCCUCUGCCUGAAACACAACGCCGAUUACGUCUUUGCCGGCCUGCAGGACGGGACUGUCGCCGCCUUCCCCAGGAGCAACGCGGCCGGGGGACUCUGGGAUGCCAAAGUCGAGCCCACUUUACUGACAGUCGGACUGGCGCCGGUGAGGACGCUGCUCACGUUGGACGACGCUUUGUGGGCCAGUUGCGGGAACCAGAUCACCGUCUUCGACGCCGCCAGCCUCAAAGCGCAGCAAACCUUUGAGGCCCAUCCGGAGGCGGAGGCCAGCGUGACACACGCCAUCAAGGCCGGCAGCGGGGUCUGGAUGGCCUUCGUCCUGGGCUCCUCCAUCCGCCUCUUCCACACCGAGACCCUGGAGCUCCUGCAGGAGAUCAACGUGGCCACCCGGACCACCUUCGCCCUUCCAGGCCAGAAGAACGUCCGGGUCACCAGCCUCCUGAUUUGCCAGGGUCUGCUGUGGGUCGGCACCGAUUUGGGCAUCCUGGUCCUGCUUCCCGUCCCCCGACUGGAAGGCAUCCCGAAAAUCACAGGGAAAGGCAUGGUCUCCCUCAACGGCCACUGUGGUCCCGUGGAGUUCCUGGCGGUGGCCCUGAGCACCUUGGCACCGGAUGUCCUGAAGAGUGACAAGGAGGAGGAGGACCCGGCAGCCGAGGCCCCUUUGGAGGAGGAGGCAGAGGGGACCGAGGGGCCCGAGAGCCACCCUCCCUCGCGGGGACCAAGGAAGAAGGGUGUCCUCCUCCAGUACCGCCUCCGCUCCACCUCCCACCUCCCGGGCCAGCGGCUGUCGGUGCGGGAGGCCUCUCCGGUCCCCGGGGCCCCUGCGGAGCACACCGAGGAGGACGGCUCUGUCUACGAAAUGGCCGACGACCCGGACGUCUGGGUACGGAGCCGGCCCUGCGCCCGGGAAGCCCACCGGAAGGAGAUCUCCUCCUUGGCCGUGGUCUCCGGCGGGCGGGGCUACCGCAACGUCAACCCCAAUGGGAAGCUGCCGGCCAACAGCGAGACGGACAGCACCCUGCUCAUGUGGCAGGUGCCUUUGAUCCUAUAGCAUCCGCCACCCCCUUCUUUCAGUCUGGACAAUCGCAACACACAAAGGCCUUCUUUCCAAGUGAGUGGGGAGUCCGUGCCGGAUUUUUGGAGAGCAGCACAGAGUUUGGAGGAAAACAUGGAUUCCCUUUCCCUACUGACCUGGGAGGUAUCUUUUUUGGGGGGAACUGGACUCCUUCCACUUUCAGAUCUUUUCCCCAUCCUUGCAUAUAGAGCUGUUCAAGGUCCUGACUUCAAUUCAGCACCAAGGAAAACAUGGAGUGGAUUCCUUUUCCCUACUGACGUGGAAGAUAUCGUUUUUUGGGUGUAAACUGGACACCUUGGAAUGGCAUCUCCUUCCACUUUCAGGUCUUUCCUCUUCUUUGGCUAUAGAGCUCUCCAAGAUCCUGACUUCAAUUCAGCACCAAGGAAAACAUGGAGUGGAUUCCUUUUCCCUACUGACCUGGAAGGUAUCCUUUUUGGGCAGAAACCGGUUUCCUUGGAAUGGCAUCCCCUUCCACUUUCAGAUCUCUUCCCCAUCUUUGGAUAUAGAGCUCUCCAAGGUUCUGACUUCAAUUCAGCACCAAGGAAAACAUGGAGUGGAUUCCCUUUCCCUACUGACCUGGAAGGUAUCUUUUUUGGGGAAAACUGGACUCUUUCCACUUUCAUAUCUUUCCUCAUCCUUGCAUAUAGAGCUCUCCAAGGUUCUGACUUCAAUUAAGUACCAAAGAAAACAUAGAAUGGAUUUUCUUUCACUACUGAUCUGGAAGGUAUCUCUUUUGGAGGAAAGUGUAUUCCUUGAAAUGGCAUCUCCUCCCACUUUCAGAUCUUUCCCCAUCUUUGGAUAUAGAGCCCUUUAAAGUUCUGACUUCAAUUCAGCAUCAAGGAAAACAUGGAUUCUUUUUCCCUACUGACCUGGAAGGCAUCUUUUUUGGGGAAAACUGGACUCUUUCCACUUUCAGAUCUUUCCUCAUCCUUGCAUAUAGAGCUCUCCAAGGUCCUGACUUCAAUUCAGCACCAAGGAAAACAUGGAGUGGAUUCCCUUUCCCUACUGACCUGGAAGGUAUCUUUUUUGGGGGAAACUGGACUCUUUCCACUUUAAGAUCUUUUCCUAUCUUUGGAUAUAGAGCUCUCCAAGGUCCUGACUUCAAUUCAGCACCAAGGAAAACAUGGAGUGGAUUCCCUUUCCCUACUGACCUGGAAGGUAUCUUUUUUGGGGAAAACUGGACUCUUUCCACUUUCAGAUCUUUUCCCAUCUUUGGAUAUAGAGCUCUCCAAGGUCCUGACUUCAAUUCAGCACCAAGGAAAACAUGGAGUGGAUUCCCUUUCCCUACUGACCUGGAAGGUAUCUUUUUUGGGGAAAACUGGACUAUUUUCACUUUCAGAUCUUUCCUCAUCCUUUCAUAUAGAGUUCUCCAAGGUUCUGACUUCAAUUAAGUACCAAAGAAAACAUGGAAUGGAUUUUCUUUCACUACUGAUCUGGAAGGUAUCUCUUUUGGAGGAAAGUGUAUUCCUUGAAAUGGCAUCUCCUCCCACUUUCAGAUCUUUCCCCAUCUUUGGAUAUAGAGCCCUUUAAAGUUCUGACUUCAAUUCAGCAUCAAGGAAAACAUGGACUCUUUUUCCCUACUGACCUGAAAGGUAUCUUUUUUGGGGAAAACUGGACUCUUUCCACUUUCAGAUUUUUACCCAACUUUGGCUCUAGAGCUCUCCAAGGUCCUGGCUUGAAUUCAUCACCGAGGAAAAUAUGGAGUGGUUUCCUUUUCCUUACUGACCUGGAAGGUAUCUUUUUUUGGGAGAACUGGACUUCUUCCACUUUCAGCUCUUUCCCCAUCUUCAGAUAUAGAGCUCUCCAAGGUUCUGACUUCAAUCCAGCAUCAAGGAAAACAUGGAGUGGGAUUGUGUUGUCGAAGGCUUUCAUGGCCAGAAUCACAGGGUUGUUGUAUGUCUUUCGGGCUGUGUGGCCAUGUUCCAGAAAACUUACGGCAUUUGUCAAAUUUUUGUUUUUGUCUCUUGGUGUGGAGAACCAUGUCUUUCUCCAUUCUGGAACAUGGCCACACAGCCCGAAAGACAUACAACAACCCAUGGAGUGGGAUUCUCUUUCCCCACUGACCUGGAAGGUAUCUUUUUAGGGGGGAACUGGACUCCUUCCACUUUCAGAUUUCCCCCCAUCCUUGCAUAUAGAGCUGUCCACGGUCCUGACUUGAAUUCAGCACUGAGGAAAACAUGGAGUAGAUUCGUUUUCCCUACUGACCUGGAAGGUAUCCUUUUUUGGGUGGAAACUGGACUCCUUGGAAUGGCAUCUCCCUCCACUUUCAUAUCUUUCCUCUUCUUUGGCUAUAGAGCUCUACAAGGUUCUGACUUCAAUCCAGCAUCAAGGAAAACAUGGAGUGGGUUCCCUUUCCCCACUGACCUGGGAGGUAUCGUUUUGGGGGGAACUGGACUCCUUACACUUUCAGAUCUUUCCCCACCUUUGGCUAUAGAGCUCUCCAAGGUCCUGGCUUGAAUUCAGCACUGAGGAAAACAUGGAAUGGAUUCCUUUUCCCUACUGACCCGGAAGGUAUCUUUUUUGGGGGAAACUGGACUCUUUCCACUUUCAGAUCUUUUCCCAUCUUUGGAUAUAGAGCUCUCCAAGGUCCUGACUUCAAUUCAGCACCAAGGAAAACAUGGAGUGGAUUCCCUUUCCCUACUGACCUGGAAGGUAUCUUUUUUGGGGAAAACUGGACUCUUUCCACUUUCAGAUCUUUUCCCAUCUUUGGAUAUAGAGCUCUCCAAGGUCCUGACUUCAAUUCAGCACCAAGGAAAACAUGGAUUCCCUUUCCCUACUGACCUGGAAGGUAUCUUUUUUGGGGAAAACUGGACUAUUUUCACUUUCAGAUCUUUUCCCAUCCUUGCAUAUAGAGCUCUCCAAGGUUCUGACUUCAAUUAAGUACCAAAGAAAACAUGGAAUGGAUUUUCUUUCACUACUGAUCUGGAAGGUAUCUCUUUUGGAGGAAAGUGUAUUCCUUGAAAUGGCAUCUCCUCCCACUUUCAGAUCUUUCCCCAUCUUUGGAUAUAGAGCCCUUUAAAGUUCUGACUUCAAUUCACCAUCAAGGAAAACAUGGACUCUUUUUCCCUACUGAUCCGGAAGGUAUCUUUUUUGGGGGAAAACUGGACUCUUUCCACUUUCAGAUCUUUCCCCACCUUUGGCUAUAGAGCUCUCCAAGGUCCUGGCUUGAAUUCAGCACUGAGGAAAACAUGGAAUGGAUUCCUUUUACCUACUGACCCGGAAGGUAUCUUUUUUGGGGGAAAACGGACUCUUUCCACUUUCAGAUCUUUCCCCAACUUUGGCUAUAGAACUCUCCGAAGUCCUGACUUGAAUUCAACACUGAGGAAAACAUGGAGUGGAUUCCCUUUCCCUACUGACCUGGAAGGUAUCCUUUUUGGGCGGAAACUGGAUUCCUUGGAACGGCAUCACCCCAAAUUUCAUGUCUUUGGAUAUCUUUGCGAAAGUAACUCCUCUGCUCCUCCUUGAAGAGAGAUGAGGCCUUGUUUUCUAAGCUCCUUCUCCUUUGAAACCUCUUGCGGAUUUGUAGGACUCCUCUUCAGACUCCAAGCUCUUUUCUUUUUUGUUUCUAGGAAGCAAGAAAGCUUGAGAUCUUGCUUUUCUUUUCAAAGAAGAACCCAUAGGAAUUGGUGUGCUCUUGCCGGUUCUGGAGUGGCCAGGCUUUACGUGUUAUUGUCUCCUUUUCCCUUCCUUGCUCCCAAAGGAAGGCAAAAGGAUCUGUGUAUCAACGUGUGAAUAUAUAUAUAUUAAAUCUGUAUAUUAUUACAUUGUAUACAUUUUUAAGAAAUCUGUAUAUAUUGGGUGCAUCUUCAGAUGCAGGAAUAAAGGUGGUUUAAAAAUACGA